CAUUCAUGGGUUUAGAUUAAUACUGCAAAUGUGCUUUGUUAUUAGUAUAUGAUUACAAGGUCUAGAGUCCAAGGAUAAAAUAAUCAUCUGGUACUUACCUUUACAGUUGAGGCUGCAGUUUCUGGUUCCGUAACUUUGCAAUGGCGCUGUUUAUCUUAAUCAUCGUGGCACUGCUGCUAUCUGUUUUUGUGUUUUCGGCUUUCUUUGUGCUGCAAUCUUGGACUUCAUCACCGAAAAGCAUGGUCGGAAUCCCGGGCAGCUUGGGCUGGCCUAUUGUUGGUGAGAGCUUCUCAUUUAUAUCAGAGUUUUCAAGUCCAUCUGGUAUAUACAGCUUCAUGAACAAGAGGCAGCAGAGGUAUGGAAAAGUGUUCAAGACUUUUGUAUUGGGUAGAUUCAGUGUGUUCAUGACCGGAAGAGAAGCAAGCAAGAUGCUGUUAGCAGGAAAAGACGGAAUGGUUAGCUUAAACCUGUUCUACACAGGACAGCAGGUGCUAGGUCCAACCAGCUUGCUACAAACCACCGGAGAAGAGCACAAGCGGCUUAGACGGCUGAUUGCUGAGCCCCUAUCAGUUGAUGGCCUGAAAAAAUAUUUUCAGUUCAUCAAUAAGCUGGCAAUUGAAACAUUAGAAGAUUGGCCUGGCCGAACUGUUUUGGUCCUUGAAGAAGCUUCUACAUUCACUCUCCAAGUUAUUGGUAACAUGAUCAUGAGCUUGGAGCCUGCUGGUGAAGAACAGGAGAAAUUCCGAGCCAAUUUUAAACUCAUCUCUUCCUCCUUUGCAUCCUUGCCAUUCAAAAUCCCUGGAACAGCUUUUCAUUCUGGUAUUCAGGCACGGGAUAGGAUGUAUGCAAUGUUAGACUCAGUAAUUUCUAAAAGGAGAAAUGGAGAAGGAUUCCAACAAGAUUUCUUGGAAUCACUGAUAAUGAAACAUAGCAAAGUAGCAGGCAGCGAAGAUGAUAAGGAUAAACUCACUGACAAACAAUUGAAAGACAAUGUAUUAACUCUGCUGGUUGCAGGUCACGAUACCACGACUGCUGCUCUUACAUGGCUCAUUAAAUUCCUUGGAGAGAAUCCUGCUGUUCUGGAACAACUAAGAGAUGAGCAUCAACAAAUUCAAGCAAACCGAGGUAAUGGAGCUGAUCUAACAUGGUCUGAAGUUAACAAUAUGGCUUACACCGCCAAGGUAAUCAAUGAAACUCUUCGGAGAGCCACUAUUUUACCUUGGUUUUCAAGAAAGGCUGCCCAGAAUUUUGAGAUUGAUGGAUAUAAUAUAGAGAAAGGUUGGUCUGUUAACUUGGAUGUUGUCUCUAUUCAUCAUGAUCCAGAAGUCUUUCCUGAUCCUCAAAAGUUUGAUCCCUCCAGGUUUGAUGAACCCCUAAAGCCUUUUAGCUUUCUUGGAUUUGGUAGCGGACAACGUAUGUGCCCUGGAAUCAAUCUGGCCAAACUUGAAAUCUCAGUUUUCAUCCAUCACCUGGUCUGCAAAUACAAGUGGAAGCCUCUGGAGAAAGAUGACUCAGUCCAGCCAACACUAGUAAGAAUGCCAAAAAACAAGUAUCCGAUUGUAGCCGAGCCACUUUAAUGCAUUUGCUUUGAAGCAAAUUGCAAGGCACUGAGCACAAGUAUCGCGUUCUUUCCUUCUGUGUAUAUAUAGUUGGCACUUGGCCGCAAAAUAAAUUCUUGGGAAAUAUUUUUCUUUAUAUUUACAGCAAAUAGUUCCUUUAUACGGAUAAUAAUUUGAUCACGAAUAAUGUUGAGGGUUGCAGUUGAUGGUAACUUUAACAAGUCAAUAAAACCUCUAGAAACCCUUCUUCAA